AUGGAGAUCACCAAGCAACAUGUCGAAGAUAUCUUGAAUGACAUUGCGCGGCGUUGCCGAGGCCCAGGGGGUGCGGUUGCCGUCGUCAAAGAUGGCGAGGUCAUCGGCCAGCGGAUCUGGGGCUUUGCCAACCUGGACACAUUGUCUACCCUCACAGCCGAUACACUGUUUCCCAUUUGUUCAAUAACCAAGCAAUUUGUCUGUGCUCUCUUGAUUGAUUUAGAGCGAAAUCCUCCUCCAGCCUUGGCUGCUCAAGGCGACGUUCGACAGCAGCUUUCAGCUCAUCUGAGAGACAUACUAAGCCCAGAACUGAAGGACAGUGGCUUGACGAUUGACCAACUAUGCAGCAUGCAAUCUGGUAUGCGCGACUACUGGGCUAUGACCACUCUAAUGGGCGCGAAGCCCGAUGACGAGUUUUUGAUUGCUAGGGAUUGUCCUCCAAUGCUUGAGCUCACGAAAUCAUUCCAAUUCGAGCCGGGAACGGAGUUUUCUUAUUGCAAUCUCAACUUCCACAUUGUUGCUCAAGCAAUUGAACGUGCGACGGGUGAAUCUCUCGGGAAGCUGCUCGAAGAGCGAGUUCUGCGACCGGCUGGCAUGGCCACGGCUUUCCUCUGCCCGAAUACCGCAAAACAUCCGCCUCCCUGUGUGGGCUACGAAGGAGAUGAAGGGCAUGGAUACGUGCCAGCGGUCAACCGAAUGGAAUGGGCUGGUGAUGCUGGACUCGUCGCUUCGCUGACUGAUAUGAUUGCCUACGAGAAGUAUCUCGAUCGGUGUUCUUCUGAUCCAGUCAGCUGGUACAAUGAAGCCAUUGCAACACCCAAGUACAAGGAUGGUACUCCCGCGCGAUACCGGUUUGGGUUGGGUCAUGUUGACAUUAAUGGUGUGCAUACAAUUGGCCACGGUGGUGCGCUGCGAGGAUAUCGACUGCACCGGCGUCAUGCACCCGCAGAGCGCCUCUCUGUCGUUGUUCUGUUCAACAACGACGCAGACGCGAGUGGACCCAAUAUUGAUAUCUUCCGAGCUCUGUUAAAUCUUCCUAAGCCUGAGGUGACGUCCAUCCAACCAGCCAACGAAUGGUUCGGCGCCUUCCUUGACGAGGACACCCAGUUGUCAAUUGUCGUUACCAAGGCUGAGAAGCAAGGUGAGGUAGCCAUCAGCUACGCUGGCUCUCCAGAACCAAUCCGGCUCAGCUCCCGAAUCUCCGGUAAAUCAGACUCGAUGAUCGCAACAAUCGAUGGAGACUUAUUGAUUAUUCAUCGCCUGGGCGACAAUCGCAAGCUCGCUGCUCGGCGCAUUACUCCUAAGGAAUCUGUACUUAAAGAAGAUUUUUUCCAGGGUCCAUAUCACUGCGCCGAGAUUGAUUCUACCUUCCACUGCUUCGGUGAAGCAGGGAUGUUUUACGGUAUAUUCGCUGGGUACCUGGGCCGGGGGCAUGCGACGCCCAUGCGAUAUCUCGGAGACGAUGUCUGGGUUUUAACUUGUCCUCGUGGUUUGGAUGCACCGGCUCCAGGGGACUGGACUGUAGUGUUUCAACGAGAUGAGCAGGGUUCCGUUGCCGGAUUUACAAUUGGUUGUUGGUUGGCCAGGGGGCUCAAGUAUGAAAAAUGGCCGAAGCAUACAUGA